AUGGCCAUGGACUCGGAGUGUGAGAAACAUCUGUUCCCCACCCCUACACCGCGUCCAGCGUCUGAUAUCCCCACCCCCUACACUGUCUACAAUGGGGCGUACCUUGCCUCCUACAGACCCAAGCCCUUUGACGAGCCUACAGUACGGCUGGACAUGCACGGAGACGGUCCCAUGUUCUCGGAGAGACCGACCAGCCACUUCAAGCUGGCACUGUUUGCGUGUUUUUGUUGUUUCACCCCGGCCGGCAUCACGGCGCUCGUGUACGCCUGCAGGAGCCGAUCAGCCAAGAGACGGGGUGACAUGCAGGUGGCGGCGGCACAGGGCAAGAACGCCAAGGAUCUGUCCAUUGUUGCCAUCACUCUCGGCAUCUUCUUCAUCCUCCUCGGCGCAGUCCUCGGAGCCGUCUUCUACAUUACGUAUGUCCACAUACACGAGCACGACCAUGACCACGACGUCACUACACCAACGCCAUAG